GUGUUGGCCACACUGCACGUUUCGUACAUCUGUGGAGUGGUUGUAUAAGCGCUUGUGAUUUGAAUUAAAUCCUCAAGGUUGUUGUAGAUUUGCACAUGUGUAUUAUACUCCAGCGUUCAAAGAUGGUAAAAGACAGUCUAUAUUUCUCAUGUAAACGUUGGCGAUCGGUCACGCAGAGCUCUUAUAAAUACGAGAUAUGGAGAGUGUGAGACUGGUGGCUAUUGAUCUGGCUGUUAUGGAUUAUAAGGAAGCUGUGAAGACCCUAAAUUCUCUGCAGACAAGUGCAGCAUUACUUCAGGAGUACAGAAAGAAAGGUCCACGAACUCAUUCUGAACAGAGACAGAACAUUGAAGACACGAAAAAGUAUUUAAUAAGGUCUGGUGUGACUUUGGAACAGCUAGAUACGCUUAAAGCAAUCCAUGUGGCUGGUACAAAGGGGAAGGGGUCUGUUUGUGCCUUUUGUGAUUCACUUCUCAGGCAGUAUGGACUUAAAACUGGCUUCUUCUCAUCGCCUCAUCUGGUGGCGGUGCGGGAGAGGAUUAGAAUUAAUGGAAAGCCCCUCAGUCAAGAAGACUUUACGCAACACUUCUGGAAUGUCUAUAAUAAACUGCAUCUCCAGAAGGAAAGUGAUACUGAUAUGCCACCCUACUUCAAAUUCCUGACAAUAAUGGCAUUUAAUGUGUUUCUACAUGAAAAGGUGGAUGUAGCAAUUGUUGAAGUCGGUAUAGGUGGUGAAUAUGAUUGUACUAAUGUGUUAAGGAAGGUCCAAGCAGUAGGUAUUACUUCUCUCGGUCUUGAUCAUACAAGCCUGUUGGGAGAUACUCUAGAGAAGAUUGCUUGGCAAAAGGCAGGAAUUAUGAAAGAAGGUGCGGUUGCUGUGACGGUGCCUGGGCAACCACAGGAAACCAUAAGGGUGUUGCAGUCCCGGGCAGAGGAGAAGCGAUGUCUACUGUUCGAAGCACCUCCACUGGAAGCAUACAAUUGGCCAUGUGGUAAGGUGCCAGACCUGAGUGUGGAUGUGCAAAAGCUUAAUGCCUCCCUUGCCUUGCAGCUGACAGCAAUCUGUCUGGGAAUGGUUACCAAACCACCAGCCACAGCCAUCCUGCAGUCAACAAUGCUGCCAGUCGCUCCAACGUUUGCCAUCUCCUGCAGCACCGAGCGGGGUCUAACGCAGUGUCAGUGGCCGGGCAGGAUGCAGGUACUGAGGGUGCCCCCUAUCUCCUUCUUCCUGGAUGGAGCCCACACAGCUGAAAGCAUGGCUCUCUGCUCCCAGUGGUUCCGAAAUGUUUCACCCAAGGAGCCAGAUUAUGAUGCAUCAAAACGGGUUCUAAUUUUCAAUGCAACUGGUGAUAGAGAUGCAGGGCAACUGUUGGCACCAUUAACAGAGUGCAACUUUGAUUUGUGUAUAUUCUGCCCCAAUCUUGUCUGCAAAACAGUAGAUUCAUCAUCAGACCAAGCUAAUUUGAUGACUACACUGGCACAGCAACUGGAGCGCUGCGAUCACAACUGCGAGGCGUGGCUCUCACUGUGCACGACAGGUGUGUGCCGGCUGGACUGCAUGCAGGACGCGCUGUCCCACGUGAGGACUCUGGGUCCGUGCCACGUGCUGGUCACGGGAUCCCUGCACCUGGUAGGGGCUGCACUCAGCCUACUGGACCCAGAGGAGCAGCUGCUGCAGUCCCGCCAGUGACAUAAUGGCAUCUGAGGAAGUAGGAGGCUGUAUGUGUAUACUCAGAAGAGGAUAAAGCUUUGUACAAUGCAGUGGAUCAUGCAGGCAUAUCUUGAUACGGUUAUUUUCAAGAACUCGUAGUAUGGAAUACUGCAGGUUAUGCUUCUGACAGAAAUGUUGUCUCUGAUAGGCCCGUGUUGAUAACAUUUGCCUUGCUGCUGAAAAUAAAAACAUUCCAUUUGUGUUGUGUUUAAGUAGAUGAGGGCUCGUGAUAAAGGUUUCGAUGAAAUGAGAAGACAUUGUAAAUACUUCUAAAAGUGAAAGUUAAUUUGAUUUGUGAGUUUGCAGUUUCAGUGUUUGUACUCUCGUUCUGUAUGUACUUCAUGUUCUUGUGUUUAAACUAUUCAAAAUAAGUUAACCUCAAGUUCCAGCAUAUAAACUAUUUUAUCUUGUUACAUGUUCUUGGAGAGGUGAAAAGUGUGCCAAAAAGGAAUUCAGGUAAAAAAUUUAAUGUACAACACAUUAUUUCUGGACAGAAGAAGUGUUUACAGAAAUGUAUUAAAGAGUAUGAAGUCCACUGACAGAAAAAAAUGUGCUUCAGUGUUUGUGAUAUUAUACUUGUUUUCCAAGUGAGAUGGGAAGGUGCAGGCACAAAAUAUUUUGAGGGUAACUUUUUUCUCACAAUACUUUAUUAUGGUGGUGAUUAUAAUUUACAUUCAUCCUCCACCGUUAUUGUCUAGCCACUCUGUACCAUUCUCAUUCAGAUUUUAAGCUUACAUCCUGAAUUCAUUAUUUACAUUAAAAUAAGGAUGUUCUCAAACAUUUUAUAUGCAUUACAUAACUUUUCUGCAAAAUAUUUUCGGGAAACUUUCGAGAAAGCUGAAUCUAACUCAGUAUUGAGAAAUUUGGGUUGCCUUUCAUCUUCAUUAUUUCACAUACUGUAACUACAUUAUGUGCAUUGUCUCCAUUUUAUCAGCAGUUAAAAUAAGGGUCAUUGUUACAAAAAUCCAAAUUCUGUGCAAGUCAUCAUAGAUUUUUCUGCUGUUUUUUCCUUUUUCAAAAUAUUUUUCCAUGUCCUGUAAAUACACUAAAAAGCAAUAUAAGAGCUCUUAUUUCUUGUCCAGGAUGUCACUUAUAUUAUUAAUACUAAACGAUGGCCCUCUGAUGCCUGACUUAUUUUUGGUUCCAGGUUAAGAAUUUAGAAUACAAUUUUGGGAUUAUUGUUACGCUGUCUUAAAGACUUGUAUACCCUCAAGUUAAAACACUGAAAGGAAUCAGUAUUCAUUCCAGAACAAAUAGAAUAAUUUGCUCAUGUUGUGUAGCCAUUUUCUCUUUUAACAGCAUUUGUUAAAGACUUUCAUGAUCCAUAAAACUAUCAUUUCUCCAGUGAACAUUUAGAUUGUGAACAUUUACAUUGUGAACAUUCAGAAUGUAUAUCUAACUUUAGUAAACACAUUUCUUAAAAGAGAAUUUAUAGUAUCAGUCUGUAUAUUGUUGUGUCCUGCAGCACAAGAUUGAGACAAAAGUAAUGAAACAGACAGGUUUUAUUUACUAAGAUUAAAAAUACUAACUUUUUCUUCAAAAACUCUCUUCUUAAAAUUUAUCUGUGGAGCAUAUUGUAUGCCUUACACACAGACUCCUAUAUUUAUUCUUUCUUUGUCACUACUUGUCUUUUAAAUGACUUCAUUGUAGUCCAAAAUUUGAUUGCAUUGUACUGUAAUCCCUUGGAAUUACUUUCACGUUUGCUUUGGUUUUCAGUAGACCUUCAGCACCUAGAGGGUGUAAAAUACUUAAGUCCUGUGGUACACCUUAGUGUUCAUGGUCUCUACUUUGUCAAUUGGUCGUGCUGUCUUCAAUAUUGUUGUGUAACACACUCCUUGGUAUAUCCUUUAUUUAUUUUAUAAUAAUUUUAAUUAUUAAUCAUAACAAUGACUACUAUAAGCCUAAUAACCAGUUUCAAUUGUUAGCAAUCUUUUUCAGAUCAGUAAAGAAGGCAAAAAGUGCUAAUUAAAGGCUUGUCGUUAUUAAGCAAAAUCAUUUGCAUUAUGUAAGAGAGAAAACAUACCUAGCACCCAAUUGACUGCAGACUGAAAGAUACAUACUGGAAACAAUGCAUUGGCUGUGUCUAACAGUAAGCCACUUCUCCACAAUAUGCUUUCUUCAGCAGUUGCUAAUCCAGCAGAGCUCUACUGUAUAGGAGCGUCUGUGAUGUAUGAAAAGUAGGAAAAUGGUUUUGGCAGAAUUGAAGCCAUGAGGGCAUGUCUUGAGUUGUGCGUGGUUAACUCGGACAAAAACAACAUUGUCUUCAAUGUUAUCCAAAUCUCUGAUACCUUCCUCUCAACUGUCUCGUCUCAACGUCACAGACGGUAGCGCCUUUUCAUCCUAGGGUUUGAGUAAUUCUAGCAUUCCUUUCUAAUCCUCCAUAAGGAAACAACUUAGCAGUUGUGAAAACUGAGGUAGUUCUCAUGUGUAUCAGUCGGCAGUAAGGGGAUUUCCCUUCCUAUUCUGUCCCCUUUUAACUUAGUUGCAUCCUACCUGACGAAAGAAGUGAAUCAACCAGAAGGGGAGGAGGAAAAGAAAUAACUCUGUGGCUUGAGAGGAUAUGUGAUUUUAUUUCAGUGAUUAUAAAAUCAAUUCUAGUUUACUAAGAACUUGUCAGCAUGAGCCUACUUAUCAAUAUGACAUUGCACCCCUUCUGGCCUGGAUGAAUGCACUGAUUCAAUUGGGAAGGGUGUUGUAAUGCCGUUGUAUUCUCUCCUGUGCAAAGCUGCCUCUCAGUUGGUGAACUGGUGCUUGACAUCCUGGAUACCUGUUGUUUGUUUUUAUCCAGCUACUGCCGGGUCUGGGUGCUGACGAGUCCUCUCCAUUUGGCUCAGUCCCCCAACCAUGUUUCUUCCUCCACUUGCUGUCAGGUCACACCUCUCCUUUCCACAGAUAUUCUCAUUCCCUUUUUCCACUGUGUUCUUGGUCUUUUUCCACCCAUCUUUAGUUCUUCCAUAAUUUUGGGAAGUCUCUGCCCACAAAUCCUGUUAAUAUGCGUGUGCCAUCUUAAUCUCUUUUUUCUCAUACUUUCUUGUUUAUGGUCCUUUCUAAUAUUUACAUUCCUUACUCUGGCCAUACUUGUUUUUUCCCUUAACUGCCCUGAGAAAUUUCAUUUCCCCUGCUUGCAGUCUGCUUUAGUCCCUUUCUGUCAUUGUCCAGGUUUCUCCUCCAUAGGUGACAAUGGGGAAAUAAUAACUAUUAUACAUAAGGAGUUCUGCUUUUUCUGAAACUUCCUUAUUCCAAAUCAGGUGUUUCAUUGUUUAGUAGAAACUGGCUCUGAGCACUAUGGGACUUAACAUCUGAGGUCAUCUGUCCCGUAGACUUAGAACUACUUAAACCUAACGAACCUAAGGACAUCACACACAUCCAUGCCCAAGGCAGGAUUCAACCCUGUGACCAUAGCAGUAGCGCGGUUCCGGACCGAAGCGCCUAGAACCUCUCAACCACAGCGGCCGACAGUAGAAAUUGCCUCCCUUCCGUAACCUCCCAUUAAUUUCGUUGGUUAUUUUUCCAUCACUAGACAUUUCACUCCCUAAAUAAGUGAAACUGUCUACCACUUUGGGGGGUUCUCCAUUCAAAGUAAUAUUCCUGUUUAUCCCUUUGUCUCUUCCAAAUACCAUUACUUCACUCUUAUCUUAUUUUUAAUCCAUAUCUUUUCAUUAUUACCUUCCACACAUCAACUUGUAACUGUACAUCUACCUCUUUUAUCACCCCAUAUCACCAUGCCGUCUGCAAAAAUCAUCUACUUGCCUUUUUCUGUUACUAUAUCUUUAACUGCCCUAUUCAUUCCAUUCAUCACAACACUAAAAAGUGCAGGGGAUAGAAUACUUCCUUGUUUAAGUCCUUGUCUUAUUUAGAAGUAUUCAGAGUUCCCCAGUGAUGUUCUAAUUCUACAGUUGUGUCCUCUGUAUAUUGUCUUUAAUGUAUCUAUCUUCUUCACCUAUCUUAUUCAUUUCUUCCCAGAGUCUUUCCCUGUUAACUGAUUCAUACACCUUUUCUGUGUCUAUAAAAACCAUUAUCACCCUUUUUUUAUACUCCCAACUUUUUUCAUCAGUUGACGGAUAGAAAAUAUCAGGUAGAUCAUGCUUCUUCCUAUCCUAAACCCAUGCUGUUCUUCACUCAGGUCCUUUUCUAUCUUUUCACUUAUUCAAUUUAGUAAAAUUCUUUGAAAAAUAUUGGCUGUAUGACUCACUAGGGUUAUUCCUCUGUAGUUUUUACAUAGUCUUUUAUUGCCUUUUUUGAAGAUGGGAACAUGUCUCCUGUUUGCCAAUCGUCACCUGGCAGUACUCUUUGCAGCCACUGCAUUACCAUUGGACCUGCUGCUCUUAUCUUGUCCACUGAUACUUGAUCAGAUCCUGGGGCUUUUCCCCCAUUCAUCUUUUUCACAGCUAUUUGCAUUUUAUCCCGAGUAAUUUGUCCUACUUCCGCUUCCCAACUUCUCUCAAUUUCACCACUAUUUGUUGUUUCCUCGUGUACCUGCUUCUCAGCGUUUAACAGUUUCUUAAAAGGUUCUCUCCAGAGAUCUGUUAUAUUCCCCGGAUCUUCAAUUGCAGUACCAUCCUCUGAUUCCAUCUUUACUGGUACUUCAGAAGCCUUCCUUUUACUUUUCAUCAUUUUAUAGAACAUUUUCUUAUUGCUGUUUACAUCUUCUUCAAUUUUUUUGUAAACUCUUUCUUUGCCUUUUUCCUUGCUGUUUCCACUAUUUCUUUGUACGUCUUCUUUUUCUCUAUAUAUCUUUUAUGGUCCUUGUCAUUUUUAAUUUUCCACCACUUUCUCCAUGCUCCAGUUUUUUCUUUUAACUGCUUGGAUUGUGGUAUCAUCCCACCAACUUGCCUGUCUUAAGUUUUCCUUUCCAGAUGUUCUACCACAUACAUUUUGUGUUGCUUCGAGUAGUCUCUUUCAAUAAACUCCAUUCUUUUUCUACAUUGCAGAAAACUUCUUUUGGAAAUUUUUGUGUGAUUAAUUCUCCAUACUUCUCAGCACUUUCUCUCCUUCAGUUUCUAAUCCUGUAUCAUCACCAUUUUCUUUUGUUUCCUAUUUUUCACACACUGAUUCAUUUUCCAUUAUCCCACCAGUAAUCUAUGGUCUCCAUCAGAGUUUCCACAAUCAUUACCAGCCAUGACCUGAAGUGAUACGCAUUGGCUUCCCACACCUUGACACCAGGAGUAACACCGCUGUGGCUCUCCAGAAUAUUGUAAGAAUGGGACCUCUCCCCAGGUCGCCGCCAAAUUCGUUUACGAUGGUCGUCUUCUUAGCUACUACUUCUUUUUAUGUCCUUCACUUGUGUAACUGCAGUCACAUUUUUGUGCAGACAUUCUUUAUUAGAGUUCAGUUAUUAGACAGAUGUCUACAGGGUGUACGAAGAGGAAAUGUCAGUACUUCAGGAUAUGAGAGGGGAGAUCAUCGAAGUAAAAAAAAGUCCAGUAGACAUGGGCUCUAAAGUGCAUACCUUAAGACUUAUGGGCACUUAUUCAGUAGAAGAGAUGUUCAUCUCUGCUAAUGUGAAAGACAAGUGAUCAUAGCUCUUAAGGUAUGCAUUUUAAAGUCAGUGUUUACUAGGCUUUUGCACUUUGAAUAAUCGUUCGUUUCAUGUUCUUGAACAAUGACCAUUCCUCCUGGGACAUUCUGUGUGUGGCUUAACAUAAACAACAGAUUUUGUUCUCUAUGACCAUUAUCAAUUGAUAGGUAUAAACAGAUAUCUCUAAACUUCAUGUGAACUCCACAUUACAUCUACUUCUGAACACAUGUAUCACCAUAUACUCUGAAAUUGAUUUAACAAUAAACUCUGAACUACUACAGAAAGAGGAGUGUGACAGAGGGAAUAAGCUCUGUGCUAGCCUGUCCUAAGCAGUGUUCACCUUUGCAUAAUUACUGCAACUUACAUCCAUCUGACUGCAGGCAAAUCUUGUUCUUCCUCUACAAUUCAAACAGAUGUCCACCCCCCACCCCUUUCCUAGCUACAAUUUUCUUGCUAUUUUCCUAUGGACAAUGUGCACUGUGAAUUUGUUCUCCUAAGAGGAGUCAUAAGUGCUAUCAGAAGGAUCUUGUUCUGCUCCAGCACUCAUUCUAGCACAUACAGUUUGAACACAACAAAGGUAAAUGAAAUACAGUAUUUAUCAGUUGGUAGUAAUGUCGUACAGUAUUGUUAGAUAACAAAGGUUGGUUAGUGACCAGAGGAAAUACUUGAGCAACACACAGUCUUUGGAUUUGAACUUUCAGUAACUGAUAAUCAAAACAUUAUCUUAAAACAGGUAAAAUCAUUAUUUAUUUCUACUUGGUGACUGGUUUUUGGUUAUAUAACUAUGCUCAUGCCAAAACACCCAUGGUGAGGUGGCAGAAUCGAUGAAAUAAUUAGUCAAUUGUGUGAAGUAAAAGAGUUGGAAAGUUAUAUUAAUUUAUAUCAACCCUUUUCCAACAGUGUCUGCUUGAACUUUCCUAUCUCAUAUGCUAUUAAUGUUUAUUCUUCAUUCAAACUGUUACUCUGAUGUAUAAUGAUAAAUGCAUUUGCUCAACAGUUUAUCAUCAGAAUUACAUACACUGUAUGGAAAAAAAUAUACGUGCCUUGUGAAACAAUUGUAGAAGCUUAAAGGUUCUUAGUUGUAGCAAACAAUACCAUUUGUCAUCAGUAUUACUUGUCGGAUAAUUAUCUGUGUGUUUUAUUUUAUGCUGUUCUUAUGUAAGCAUGAUACAUUCUAUGGCGUCAGACUCUAAUGUGUAGACUUCUUGGAACUGAAGCAGAUAUCAUCACACAGUAUUUUCUUCACAUAUAUUUCCCUAGGAAUUUAUAAUGCAAUUGGAUAGAUAAAAAGUCUGCUCACCAAACAGUGGCAAGAGAACACACGUAUAAAGGAUUGAACUUUAAUACCUUUGUAUAUGUGUUCUCCUGCUGCCACUUCCUGAGUAGAUUUUUUUAUCUAACCAAUUACAAUACAUUUUCAAAAACUAGUUGCUUUUAUUGAUAUAUCAUCAGGAAUUUAGAUAGUAAUUGCAGUCACCUAACAAAAAAUGAAAUAAUUCUUUGAAAUCAAAUGGGCAAGUAUAUGUAAUCAAUUUUUGUGAUUUUACUGUUCUGUGAGUAUUUACUCAUGAUUUGUGGACUGGAUGCAUUGAUCAUUUUGUUAUGCUUUAUGUUUAUGUAUUUGUAUAUUUUGCCUUCUACCGUUGGCCUAAAUGGCCUGUUUAUCUGUAUGUGCAAUAAAUGAUGAUGAUGAUGAUGAUGAUGAUGAUAGGCCAUUUUGAAUGCAAGAAGACUCUUCUUGUGUCUCAUGUUUGCUGUCUCAUUGAUUAGUUUGUUCCAUAGAUCAUUUGUUCACUCUUUUUAUCAAAAUGAAAAUGUGAUAAGAAUCAAUGUGUCAUCAUCUAUAGCACUAAGAACGUGGGCCGUGUAAUAGACGUAUUGUAAUUUUGUAAUUCAUUAUAAAGGUUGUAAGACUCAUUUAUAGGGAAGUGAGUUAUUGUUGUUUGUCAUGUGGCUGCUUUGUAAAUGUGUUAUUCGCACAGUGAGGCAUUAUUAGUGUGGUAAGUGUACUUAUCUAUGUUAAAUCAUGUGACAUUGCAGUUGUAGGUCUUUUUUUUUUUUUUUUUUUUAAAUGUGGAAGUCUCAUAGAGAACCAGUCAAUACAACAGAUCUAGUUCGUUAUUAUUUGUUCAAUAAUAUACAGUGGAUCUAUACAUGAAAACUCCUACCACACAGAAGGUGCUGCAUAUCUAAAGGUGGCUCGAAGAGGGUGCCAGCAGUGUCAUUAGUGCCUCAGACAAAUCUGGAAAAGCAAUAUUCUGUGACAUUUUCUACAGACAAAUUUGAGGUGACAGGAGAUGUAUUCUGUGAUUAACUGGUAUAUUUAUGUGAGAAAAAUAUUUCAAAAUUAUUAUAAGCUUUUUAUAAUUGGGAUAGAAACUAAGAAGUCUUGUUAUAUGUUACAUUUUAAUAGUCUAUUUUAUGUUAAAUAAACAUUAUUAAAAGAUA